CCCCCGUGCCUCCCUCCCGCCUCCACGCGGGCGCUGAGCACAUGGCCCGGCUGACGUCAGCGGGGCUCCCUGCCCGCGAGGGCGCGCGUGCGCAGAGGAAGGAGCGGUUCCCCUCCCCCGCCGCUCCCGAGCCCCCGCAGCCUUGGUGUCCCGGGGGCCGUGAGGCGCGCACCGUGACGCUUGGUGCGAGUCCCGGUGGCGGCUCCCGUUCGCGCGUGUUGGUGCAGUCGCUGGAGGGAAGCGCAUGGGGCGGCCCGACGCCUCCUCCCCGGCCGCAAAGCCUAGGCGGGAGCCCAGAUUCCCCCCGAAUGUGUGUCGCUAUUUGCGGGGAGGGUUGGGCGUGGUCGCCGUCCACGCUGCGGCGCGGGCCGAGCCCCAUGUGCCCCGGAGGAGGAAGGUCCUCUCGGAGCGCGCGUGGAGGCGCCACGGCCCGAGUGUGGGGUUACGCCUGGGGCGGGGAAAACUGCGAUUUGACUGGGCGGCAAACAGCCCCGGGGCAGCCGAGCCUGAAACACGUCACGCUUUCCUUCCUCCUGGGCUAAGAAAGGGGGAAGGGGGGGUCCCUUUUUUCGGGGCCCUCCCGGCUGCGCGUCUCCUCCCUUUGGGCGUCGCUCCCUCUGCAGCGCUGGGGCCGGGGGCGCCGCCACGUCAGGCAGUUGCCAUGGCGGCCUGAGCUUCGGUUUCCCUGGAAACCGGCGGGGCUUCCGCGCGCCGGGCCGGAGGCUGUGGGGGAUGGGCCGGCGGCCGCCGAGACGGGGAGCCGUUGGGGAUGGAGGGACGUGGGGCUCCCAGCCCGCGUGGGGCGGGGGGGCGGCGAGUCGGGACUCUCCCUGUCCACCCGCUGAGGAAGCUGCGGGGGCCGCGCGGGGUCACGGGCCCCGUGGGAGGGGUGGCGAGGAGGGUCCAGCGCGCGAGGAGCCAGCCGCGGGGCGCCGCCCCUCCCCCGGCCUCGACCGCGGGGUCACGGCCCUGAGGUAACCGGAGCCUGACUUGCUGAGGGAGGGGCGGAGGCGCUGCUUGCUUCGCGACUGCUCCAGGCGGGCGGCUCCCUCCCCGCCUCCCGCGAACGCGCCCUUCCGCCCGCCCUCCCGGCCAGGGGGCGGAGCUGGCGCGCCUCCAGGCCGCUUCCGGGCAGCGGGGAGGGGCGGGGCCGGGUUCGCGGAUUGGCUGUCGCGGGCGGGGGCGGUGCUCCCGAGUUGCGGAGGGCGGUGCGGCUGGCGAGGGUGACGCAGGGAAGCCGCGGCCGCGUGGGUGCGCGCGUGCUUCGGGGUGGGGCCUCCGGGCGCCGAGCGGGAGAGGGGUCCGGAGGCCGCGACAGGCCGGUGGCUUAUUUCUGGAAUGGUUUUGCAGAACGUGGGCUUGGUUGUAGUUUAGUCGCAGGGCUGGCUGAGGGUGUUCAUGCAGACACUUCGCGGCAAUCCCGACAUUCACGUAGCUAUUAUUUUUGAGAAAUAGGAAGGACGGCAUGGCGAGUUCCUCUUUGCACAUACUACUUGCAGAGGGCGCCUUGCGUAACGUGUGGGUUUGGAAAUGAAUCGGAAGGAGACUCAGCGGCAGCCGCAGAAGGAAGCUCUUGAGGAGCUGGGCCCGCUGAAGUAGGAGCCGGGGUGGGCCCCAGGCUCUCCAGAAGGGACACCCAUUCUGGUGCUGGUCACAGAAGUAGGAAACUCAAAGGCCUGUCUACAAACCAUUUAUUCAGUUAUUCAUUGAGGUGCCUGUAGCGAAGUCUCUGCUUCUGGGCAAAUGGUGGCGAGCAAGUAAAAAACCUGGGUCUACGCUCUCCCAGGCUGGGCGUUGUGGCAGAUGAUGAACAAGUCACUCUACAGAAGACGGCCGUAUGGGCAUAAUAGGAACCGGGCGGCAGGAUCUGUUCUGGGGAGGGAGGAUGGCUGUUCCUGAGGAAAGGACAUUGAGACGUGCAGGAUAAGUCUGGGUGGGACGGAGCCAAGUGGAGGCCGGGAGCCCAGGUGCAGCCCAGCAGGAGGGAACAGGAUGCUUUUUAGAAACAAGCCAGGCACGGUGGCUCGCACCUGAGUCCCACUACGCUACUCGGGAGGCCCAGGCAGUAAGAGCGCUUGAGCCUAGGGAGUUCGAGGACAGCCCGGGCCACAGAGUGAGACCUCCGUCUCUAAGAACAAACACGAACAUGGUCAGGAGGGUUGUCACUCAGAGAUGGGCAGAGUUAAGAGCUGGUCCUGGAGAGACCAGUGGGGCUGUGAAGACUGGGGGAUUUGUUUGUAUGCUGAGAGCAGGAAGCUGUGGGAGGAAGGCAGUGGUCCCCAGCCAGAAUCCAGAGUGGUUUGGAGGUGGCCAAAGAUUUGAAGACAGCCACAGAAAAGUGGACAGAGACAAGAAAAAUAGGUACCAAACUGUGCAUCCAGGUAGUCACAGAAAGGAAAUGGGUUUAGAAUGAAGCAAUGUGGGUUAAAGUUAGACCCUGGGGAAAUCUUGCAGGGGCCUCUAGGCCUGCGAAGAACUGGACUAGGUGAGAAGAGGAAGCUUUUGAUCCAUGUCACUCCCUGGCCCAGAACUACAUCCUGCCCACAGGUGGGUUGAGUUCAGGACUGCUGCUUCCAGCCGCCAGCAGCCAGGUUCAAGUGAGAGCUGACUCACCUAGGGCCCCUUGACACAGCCUCAGAGCCAGGUAAAAAGCCACACGCAGGCUGGGCACGGUGGCUCACGCCUAUAAUCCCAGCACUUUGGGAGGCCGAGGCGGGGCGGAUCACCUGAGGUCAGGAGUUAGAGACCAUCCUGGCCAACAUGGCAAAACCCCGUCUCUACUAAAAAUACAAAAAUUAGUCCUGCCUGCUGGCAUAUGCCUGUAAUCCCAGCUACUAGGGAGGCUGAGGCAGGAGAAUCGCAGAACCCAGGAGGCGAAGGUUGCAAUGAGCCAAGAUCACACCACUGCACUCCAGCCUGUGUGACAGAGUGGGACUCUGUCUCCAAAAAACGAAAAGUCACACACAGGUGUGUGUGCGUGUGUAGGGGCAAGGGAGUUUCCUACUGUCUUCCUAGCAGAAAAUGGAGAGAAACUGUGAAGGCCAGAAUGACAGCGGGCUGUGUGUGGCCUGGGACUGGCAACAGAAGUGUCGAGCUGCUGGGUUUCAGGCCAGUACAGAGCACGGCUCUACCUGGGUUAUGUGCUGCAGGCCCUAAUGGUUAGAGACACCUAUCACUGGUGAGGGCAGGAAUCUAUGCAGGAGGGAGUGUGGGAAGCUGGCCUCACUGGUGGGUGGGGUUGGAGACUUUGCCAGGCCUAGUCAGGAAAAGCUGCUACAGAACAGCAAAAGUGCUCCUAGCGCAGCGAUACCCAACCUUUUUGGCAACAGGGAGUCGUUUCCUGGAAGACCAUUUUUCCAUGGAGAGGGAGGGCGGGACUGGUUUCGGGAUGGAAGUGUUCCACCUCCCAGCAGGCAUUAGGCAGACUGUCCUAAGGAGCACACGAAACCUAGACUCCUGGGGUGCACGGUUCACAGGAGGACUCCUGCUUCUGUGAGAAUCGAAUGUCCCACUGAUCUGACAGGAGGCUGCGCUCAGGUGGUCCUGUGCCAUCGCCGCUCACCUCCUGCGUGCAGCCCUGUUCCUGAAAGGCCACGGACCAGUACCUGGGGUUUGGGGACCCCCGCCCUAGGGCAUGAAAGCAGGGAAACCUGGGUCUAAUGGGUUACUGUCAUUCUCCCUGUGAUUCAGGGAACAGACAGGACAGAGGUGGAAAGGAACGUGGUCACCAGGAGUCGGGACAGCACCCUUCCAGGUCCUUCCCCUGGGGUCGAGUAAGCACCCUGUGUGUAGCUCUUCCUGGCCGCCCGUGGGCUCUGGGAUCUAAACAGACUAUGCAGCCAUCCUCACCUUCAUUCACAGCUCGGACAGGGACAGUGUGUGUUGAGACAGAAAGACAAAACAUAUAUAUGUGAGAGACUUUGUAUGAGCCAGUUCCUGAUGAAGUCCUAUCUGACAGCCUCGUAUUUACUGCCCAGGCAGAUGGGGCUCUUCUCAUUUCACCCCCCCCCUUUUUUUUCCUGAGACACAAAACUUAAUAGAAAUUUUGUUUGCGGUUCUUAGCGUUCUUAGUGUAAGCCGAUCUGGGACCCACUGCCCACCAGAAGUGGCCCAGUCCUGGUGCAGGGAGAAAGGGAGGGUAGAGUGGGAAGAACCUCAUUUUUCCUCAGGGCUAGGGGGCUGGAGACGCUACCGCUUCUGCCUCUGGGCUCCAGGAAGGAGAGCAGAUGGACUCUCGGGCCCAUGGCUCCUCCUGCACACCACUGCCCCCCAGGUUGGAGGAGAGUGAGAGAUACAGGGAGAGAAGGGGACAGAGGCAAGAAAAGAUGUUGAUCAAGAAAGACGAGAACCAGGGGUGAGGGCUGACGGAGAAUCAAAGAUAAAACACCAGU